CAUGCGCAAACAGUGGACGGGGAAGUGGACGCGGGGAAGGGGGCGCGUUCGCCUGGGCGCGUUCGCAGCUUUCUGGUCCUGCACCCAGCCAGGACCGACUCGACCCUGUGUAGGGAUGGAGAAAGGAGAGAGCAUUCGUCUCAUCAUCCUCUGACCUCUGUCUCUUGGGAUGUGAGAAGCCUUCAGCCUGCUGCCUAACCUGCAAAUUUGGAUUUGCCAGCUCCUGCAACCCUGUGAUCCAGCAACCUGCCACCUGACCGGCAGAUUUUGAGUUUGUCAGCCCCUAUAACCACAUGAUGAUUCAUGGUGAUGGCUUGCAAGGUCAUAAACAAAAGAAGGCACGUGGGACUUCAGCAGCUUUCGUCGUUUGCAAAAACAGGAAGAACUUUCCUAGGCCCAGUAAAAUCAUCCAAAUUUAUCAUAGAUGAAGAGUCUCAUGAAAGCGUGUUAAUCAGUUCACCGGUAAGGCUUCUUGAAAGUUUGGAUUUAACCAGUGCAGUGGGACAACUUCUCAACGAAGCAGUUCAAGCACAAAAUAGCACAUACGGAACCGGAACCAAUACUCUCUUGUUUUUUGUUGGUGCAUGGAGCAGUGCUGCUGAAGAAUGCCUUCAUCUGGGUGUCCCCAUUCCAGUAAUAGUUUCGGUAAUGUCAGAAGGCUUGAGCUCUUGCAAUGAAGAGGUAGUUUCCCUCCAAGUACCUGUCCAUAAUCUAUUUGACCAUGUAGACAACACAAAUACAUUUUCUGGUCUUGAAACACCUAGUGUCAAUUUGUACCCUUUUCUACAAAUCCCUUCAGAUACUGGUUUGAUACAGAAAGAGCAUGAACUCAAAGAUGUCUCUCAAACAAUGACCAUUUACAGUCUCUCUGGGAGACCUGUUAAAUCAUGUAAACUCUUCAGAUCUCAGGCUAAGGUUGAAGCAGAUAAAAACGUAUUACAAACUCUACAAACCCUGAUAAACAGUCGGCAUGCAAACACCAGCUGCAGAAAGUCAGUACUAAUCCACAGUAGGCAUUUUAAUAGCACAGAUAAUAAUCAAUGGAUAAGCAACCCAGGUGGUUUUUUAGAACAACCUGGUGCAGCUACUUCCAAAACUCACAGUUGUAAUGACUUGGUAGAGUUGGCAGUGGGCUUGAGUCAUGGAGAUCACAGCAGCAUGAAAUUAGUAGAAGCAGCAGUACGGCUGCAGUAUCAAAAUACAUGUAUGCAACAAGGUAACGGUACCACAGCAUUCACGUUUGACGUUUCAAGAAUCUUCACUUGCUGUUUGCCAGGUGUACCUGAAACUUACACUUGUGUCUGUCCAGGAUAUAUCACUCUUGUAUCAAUAUCUAGUACUACUCUGAUCAAAGAACUGAAGGAUCAGCCUGUCCGGGUAGUUCUUGUUCAAGGUGACCUUACAGAGAAUUAUUGCCACCUGGGAUUUAAUAAGUCUACAAAUAUUAAAACAGUAUUGGAAAGCAUGAAAGUUAACCAAGACAGUGCAGAAGAACUGUGGGCAAAUCAUGUAUUACAGAUACUAAUCCAGUUUAAUGUGCACCUUGUCCUGGUACAAGGAAAUGUAUCUGAACACUUAAAUGAAAAAUGCAUGUAUAGUAAACGGUUGGUGAUUGGGUCAGUGAAUGGCAGUGUGAUGCAGGCUUUCGCAGAGGCUACAGGAGCAAUACAGGUGGCCUACAUUACACAAGUGAAUGAAGACUGUGUGGGCAAUGGGGUCUAUGUGACCUUCUGGAAAAGCAUUCCCUUAGAUAUUGUGGAUAAGAAAAACAGAAUGGCAAUCUUGUUAAAAACAGAAGGCAUUAAUUUGGUUACAGCAGUGUUGACUGGCCCAGUCACCGCACAGAUGCAGACCAAAGAAGAUAGGUUCUGGACUUGUGCCUAUCGUCUGUAUUAUGCUCUAAAAGAGCAAAAGGUCUUCCUUGGAGGUGGUGCAGUUGAAUUUUUGUGUCUUAGCCAUCUUCGAAUUAUUGAAGAAAAAUCUCUGAAAAAAGGAAACCACGCCUGUUCAUGGAGGCUUCGUCAUAGUUCCUCUUGGCUGGCUUCGUCUCUAGCAUUAUACAGACCAACUGUGCUUAAAAGACUGGCAAAUGGAUGGCACAGAUACCUUUCAACUCUCAUGUAUAACACUGCCAGUUAUUCAUCAGAAUUUGAAGCUGGCACAUUCGUUCAGCAGCAUCUACAAAAAGCUAUAGACUCUGGCUCUCCAUCAUCUUAUAUCUUGAAUGAAUAUAGUGAACUGAAUAGUGGAGUUUUUAAUUCAGGCAUUUCAAGUAAAUUGGAGCAGAUUCCAAGAGUUUAUGACACUGUUACACCAAAGAUUGAGGCGUGGCGCCGAGCAUUGGAUUUGGUACUGUUAGUACUUCAGACAGACAGUGAAAUUGUUACGGGACAUGGACACACACAGUUAGGUUCACAAGAAUCAGAGGGCAUUUUAUUUUUGUAGUACUACUGACUAAAUCUUUGGAAAAUAGUCUUUUGUAUUGUAUCAUGUUUAUAAUAAAUUUAACAGUAGCUUAGUCAUAGUACCUAAAAUGCCAGGUUACCAGGAAGAAAAUAAUUUAUGUCUGUCAAUAACUAUGCAGGGUCUGAAAUUUUACCCUACUCAUAAACUAACAGGUUAGCCUGUUACUGUUCCAUGGGAUGCUACAGAAGACAUGAGACAAAGAAAUUUAUUAUUCACACAAAAGCAGUAGUCAUAACUUCAUAUUGGUUUGUGUCAGUUCCCCAAUACCUUAAGUUCCAUGGGAGCAAUACGAAGGGCCAGUGAUUGGAAGCCUGCACACAGUGAGCUGCAUUAUAGAAGAGGAAUGCUGAGCUUGGGCGUUAUUACCUCAUCCCUCAACAUUGAUUGCUGUAAGCAUAACCCUGAGACAUGGACUGUGUAAAGAUCAGUCAGGGCCUUGCAUUCUUGGCAUACCCAGAAGUAUAGGGAUGCUCAGGGCCUAUGGUAAUAGCCUCUUCCAACAAUCCACCCCUCAGGAUGACAUUUUCUUGGUCGAACUUGAAUUUUCAUGUGAGUAAGCCACUCAUUAAUCUGAUCAGUAGAGGUUGUUUGGUCACUACCAAAACCAUUCAAUUCAUCUCAUGUAACGAUUAAUUAAGGCAACUGUCAACAGUAUCCUGAGCAACAUGAAGAAGCCAGUCUAGUAUUGUUUUACAAUUAUGUUCCCCAGGGACCUGGAUUCAGUCAGCUAUGGUUAAGUCCCAAGGAGGACCAAUGGAUUUUUUUAUUAGGCAGCCAGGGUGUAGUCUAAGGCCAAUUUAUUUUCCAUUAUGACUUACACAAGGGAGCUUUGACUGACCCAUCUUUGGUGUCAUUGCCAGUAAUUACGAGGGGGCAAUAGCUGGGCCAGAAGGCAGCCGUAUCCCCAAUGGAGAAACAUUCCAUGCUCCGUUUUCCCCACAUACAAGUGCCAUAACCCGAAGGGGCCCAGGUCACUCUUGUUCAACCUGAUUUAGAUCACCAUUAUAUAAGUUUAAGUCAUAUGAGUACCAGCACUGAGUAGUUUAGCCUCGAUUGUCAUACAUGGCAUAAUCCAAGACCAUUCAGACACUAAGAGAAGUAGAUGAUCAGAUUGAAACAAGGUUGUCUGUAUAUGCUGUCAUGUAGGAGCUGUCAUUAAUAACAUUAUGCAUUGUUUCCAUUACUCAAACAGUCUUAAGGUAUAGUGCCUCCUUUUUGGUUGUGGGGGACCAAAGAGGCAAUAGUUGUUUAUUUGACUGCCAGUGGGAUUGAGUGCUGUAAAUGUGUCCAAAACAGUCUUAAGAAACUUUACUUGGCAAGCCCAACCCAGUGCCGUCUUGGCAAGCAGGGCCCUGAAUUUUUGGAAGGCCUAUCAGCCACCCCUGCUGGUGGCAGUGUGAUAACACCACAGUCAAGACUAUUGAGACUGAGACUUCUGACUUAUCAACCACUGGUUCAUGGUCUAUAUGCUGAAAACUUUAGGCAUGAGAGAGUAGAGCACUUGCACUGCAUCCUGAGCCAUCCACUGGUAGCAGAUGACAGGGAGUUUGUCUCAUUUCUCAACGUGUGGCAAUGUCCUGAAUGGGAGAAUCUCCGCUGACACUUUAUGAACAUUUACAGUAUGAACACAUAACACAUCGAUACCAAUUACAUAUUUUCAUAUCAAUAGUCAUUGACUUGGCCCAGAGGGGCCCACCCACAGCGUCAUCUUUUUCUUAACUGCAAGUUUUUCUCCAACCGUAUUAGUUUAGUCACUUUUCCCCCUAUGGGAACAUGGACCAAGAAAUUUGAACACACUGGGGGAUACAACAGCUCCCAGGAAAUUAUCAUCUCCCUGGAUGGGAGCUCAGAAAGGAGCAGAGGGUUGAGGGAGGCAUUCAAGGAGGUUUUGUUUCCCUUUUGGCUACUAUAAAGUCCUUUGUCUCUGACCCAGGGGUUUCAUGUCUUCUGCCAUCAUCCCAUGAAACUGUAACAGGCUAACUGUAAGUAGGGCAAAAUCUCAGACCUUGCAUGAUUAUUGACAGUUCUAACAAUGAGGAUAAGAUGCUGACCUGGCCAAUUUUUCUGGAAAAGAAGGCUCCCCUGGGAUGGGUUAGGAGUUAUGGGAAGACUCCCUGGAACCCAGAAGUGAAUGCUCUUGCCCAAGUGAUGGGAAGGGGGGAGGGAACUAAGGGAUCUCCCACCCCACACCACUUGUUAAUGUUCAGAGGUUAAGCAGGCAGAGGUAGGAUUAAAAACAAGCCACUGAAAUAGUGCUUUGGUCUUUGCUUACUCACCUCUGGGUGG